UAGAUUGAUACGGUGUUCAGUAUUGACAAUAUCAUCCUUGUUACUGAUCGACUAUGGGUUUGACAUACAUUGUAUGUUUCUUUCUGUUGAUGAACCAUAGCACUGCAUUUGCUUCUACCACUGGUACGUGUAAUGCUGUUCAAAGCGCUUUAUCUGGUGGAAAACUAAUCUACUUCCAUGCAACAUUUUGCUGUGAUAAUUUUGAGAAAGUAGAAGGGGUUUGCAAAGCAUGUAAUACCGGGUUUAUUUCUCAGCAAGGAGGAAUGUGUUAUCCUUGUCCAAGUCCGACAUACGGAUAUCGAUGUGCAAGUGUGUGUCGAUGCAAAGGAAGUCAACGAUGCCACAACGUUGAUGGAUGUACAGAUUUGAGGGACAACCCAAGCACAUCCGAGAGGUUGGAAACAACAAUUUCUAGAAAACAAGGAAGCAGUCAAACAGCACCUGUAGUCACAACAGAAGCAUUACCUCUUACAUCUUGGUUGAUAAUAUCUCCGCGGAAAGAAGAAGGUUUAGGUUUAAUAAAUACAGAAAUUUUCAUUUAUUCCUUAUGUGGAGUCAGCACUUUUCUUAUUCUCAGUUUCAGUAUCGUAUGCCUGUGUGUUUACAAAAAAUCUCAAAAAGCAAACGUUAAUCAACAUUUUGAAAACCAACAUACAGAUGGUAAUAACCGUCAAGCUGACAUAGACGUUGACCUCGAAAUAAGUCAAAACAUUUCAGCAGAAAAAGAAACAGGCCAUGAAUACGAAGAAAUUGACGAGCGAAAGAUGUCUGAUUUCUCCAUAAUAUCAUCUUUAGAACAAGGAGAUUUAAGAGAUAAUGACAAUUCUAGCGAAUCAUCCGAUGGUAUUAGGUUACCGAAUGAUGGUUAUCUAAAUCCUUAUCAGCCGUUACAAUCUACACUGCAGCAGUCGGAAGACAGUCAUAGUGAAUCUGAUGAAUAUAAACAUUCCUCUAAAGAAAACAGGGCGUACGCUAAUCUUUAUCAAUCACUUAAAUGUAAUAGAGAAGAAAAAAUAAGGUUAUAUUCUAGAUGUCAUAGCGCACAGUAUCUACAGCUCGUAGAUGGACCAAUACAAAACAAAAAUGAUCCAAAUAUCAAGGAAAAUAGUAAACGACAUGUAAAAACUUUGUAGUAAACAUAAAGCAAACGAAGGUCGAUUUUAAUUGUACGUAUCAAUAACAAUGCGCGAAGUUGACAUACACAUUAGAUUUAAGAAAAAUAAAAACGAUAAAAAUUAAGAAAGAAGGGGUAAUGGUAUUUAGUAUUCCGUAAGAUAAACAACCUUUAAAAUUCAAAGGCAUAACAACUGCAUAAUAACUAUAUAUGGUGUAUAUCAUAAAAUACAUACGAUGUCAGAUCGAUUCUUGACAUUUUUUGGUAUGCCUAUUUACUGCUAUAUUUUGUGAAAUAAGUAUAUAACAUUUUGACACCGUUUUUACGGCUUUUAUUUACCAUUGUUACCAUCGAGCACAUUUUCAUCUUGCUAAUUUAACUAUAACAAUAUGUAGUACGAAUUAUGAAAAUUUGUUUAUUUUCUAUUGAUAAUUUUAGUUCAUAUUAACGCGAUAUAUCAUUUCAUUGAAUAAUGCAUAUAGUUUUUGGCUGACGUAAAACUAUGUGUGUUGAUAUUAGUUCGUAAAUGUGCUGUUGUGAAACGCCUUCUAACUGAAACUAUGGGGGUGUUUGCCUUU